GAUAAAACAGAUUGCUAAUACUCAAUGUUGCUUGUGGUCUGGAGUGUUCAUGCAGCUUUCUUCAGGCCAGUUUGAGAAUAUUCGGAUUUUAAAUGUGCAUUCAUUGACCAGCACUUCACCUCCGAAUUUAAUGCAAGAAAAUUAUUGGGUAAAUAGGCAAAACUAUUUUGUCCAAAAAUGUUCAUUUUGUUCAUAAUAGCAAAAAAUGGGAAAUCAUCUAAAUUGUCAUUUGUGUUAUAACUCUAUACAUUGGAAAACCGAUCAGCCAUGAAAAUGAUGUAAGUAUGUCUCACCAACAUGGAAAGAUGCCUGUUACAUAUUUUAUGUGUGAAGGUGAGGUUGUAAAAUAUGUGCCUAGUAUGCUAUAAUUUCAUAAGACAUGUGGCACUGUAUCUUCAUAUAUGCUUAUAGAUGAAGAUGGUAUCAGUGUAUAUUAAAAGUGGUUAUCUGAGUGAUGAUUUUGUCUUCAUUAGUGUUUAGAAUACUAAGAAGUUUCUGCAGUGGAAUGCCUACUCUUUUAAUAACCAGAAUUGAAACAGGGAAUUUUGUGUGAGGGCUCGAGGGAAGGUAAGAAAGGGCGUGGGGACGCCCUUCUGUGGCCCCAGGCCUAGGGCUGUGGAAUCCAGAACAGAACCCGGAACCUGAGUGCCUGCCCUGCUGGGGGCCGGAGGGAGGGCAGCGCCGCGGACCAAAGUGGACCGGAAGGGAGCGUGACGUGUGGCAUCCUCCUCAGAGGGCCCAGCGUUGCCUUUGCCGAUAUCAUGAAGUUUCGCGCCAAGAUCACAGGCAAGGACUCUCUAGACCUGUUCAUCCAAGUCAGCAGCACAGUGGCGAGGCUGGUGAAGGUCUGCAUGCUCCGCGUGUGCCCCAACGGGUUGUGUUUCGGCUCUGUGGGCUCAGGCGGCCUUCAGGAAGCCAGGCUGUGGUGCGAGGUGCAGCAGCGGGCCUUCCAGCAGUUUCUCAUGGAAGGUGUCUCGGAAGGGCUGAAUGAGAUUCAUCUGGAGCUGACGGCGGAGCACCUGUCCAGGGCGGCGAGAAGCGCGGUGGGUGCAUCCUCACUGAAGCUGCAGCUCACCAACAAGCGCUGUCCCUGCCUCACGGUGAUGGUGGAGCUGGCCUCACCCCUGGGCCGUGUUCGCAGCGUGAUGCACGAUCUGCCCGUGCGGGUGCUUCCCAGAAGAGUGUGGCGAGACUGCCUGCUGCCCAGCCUGCGCCCCUCGGACGUGAGCAUCUACCUGCCGCGCUGGAGGACGCUGAGGAGCAUCGUGGAGAGGCUGGUGAACGUGGGCAGUCACGUGCUGCUGGAAGCAAACCUCAGUGGCAGGAUGACCCUGAGUAUAGAGACGGAGGUGGUGUCAAUUAAAAGUUAUUUUAAAAAUCUUGGAAACCCUCCAAAGUCGGCUUUUGAUGUGCCUCAAAACAGAGACCUGGAGAGCAUGGUGCAAGUGCGGGUAGAUAAUCGGAAGCUUCUGCAGUUUUUGGAGGGACAGCAAAUAAAUCCUAUGACGGCUUUAUGCAAUAUUUGGGACAAUACUCUUCUUCAUCUUGUUUUGGUUCAAGAAGAUGUCUCUCUUCAGUAUUUCAUUCCUGCCUUGUAAAAAUACAGCCAACUUAGGUUUUUUUUUUUUUAAUCUUAAGAACUUUUCAAAACCGAAACAGACCCUGAGUUAAUUGGUUUGGAAGUACCUUCUCUGACUUAAUGCUAGGCGUAUAUUUUGUUGAGCUCUUCCUCCUUUGCAAAAUUUAUAUUAAAGCAUUGAUAAA